AUGUUCGAAAACAUUAGGAAGAAGUCAGUGAGGCGGUUCUCUGUAAUUCCAUUGAUCACUAUCUACGAGGUUAUCACCAAGAAGAAACUUUCCCGGGUUACGAACCCCUGCGAUGUUGUCAUUGACUAUGAUGGGUUCCCUGUACCUAAACCUUCUUGGAGGAACUUUGAUUUUAGCGAGCUCACUGCUGCUACCGAUGAUUUCUGCCCAGAGAACUUGAUAGGGAAAGGGGGUCAUGCAGAAGUUUCAACAUCGAGUGGUUUGCAUCUUGUCCUAGAGUUCCUACCAUAUGGAAGCCUUGCAAAUAAGCUCCAUGGGUUGGGAGAGUUUCUAGAUUGGGAGAAAAGAUACAAAGUUGCUAUAGGUAUUGCAGAAGGUCUUAGGUAUCUUCACUAUGAUUGCCCUAGGCGUAUUAUCCACCGAGAUAUUAAAGCUUCAAACAUCUUGCUUGGUGAAGAUUAUGAAGCUCAGAUUUCUGAUUUUGGAUUAGCAAAAUGGCUCCCAGAGAAUUGGGUUCAACACAUUGUCUACCCAAUUGAAGGCACAUUUGGAUACUUGGCUCCAGAAUACUUCAUGCAUGGAGUGGUGGAUGAGAAGACAGAUGUAUUUGCCUUUGGAGUACUAUUGUUGGAGAUCAUCACAGGUCGCCACGCAGUUGACUCCAAUAGACAAAGCCUUGCUAUGUGGGCAAAACCAUUGUUGGAGGAUAAUGAUGUGAGUACAUUGGUGGAUCCAAGAUUAGGAAAUGAUUUCGAUCCCAUAGAGAUGAAGCGUGCAAUGGUGACAGCCUUUCUGUGCAUUGACCAUGUCUCCAAGAUGCGACCGUCCAUGAGUAAGAUUGUGCAAUUGCUGAACGGGGAAGACCUAGCAAUAGAUAUGGUGAUGAUAUCUAAGACCAGCUCAGGGAGAGCAGUGAUAUUGGAUGCUAGUGACUUGCAAGAUUACACGUGUACCAACUACCUCAACGACCUUAACCGUCACAUGCAGCUUGUGAUGGAAUGA